AUGUCUCUGCGCUUGAAGAAUAUCAGGAUCUCUGACAAAGGAUCAUACACUUGUGAGGUCUCUUUUGAUGACAUGUACUAUGAUGUGUUGGUUGACCUGCAAGUGGCAGCUAAAGGCGGUAUGCCUUCCAUUUUCCUGAGGAGGCAUGUGAAGCAGGGCAUUGGCCUCACCUGCCGUGCAGCUGGAUGGUUUCCUAAACCUGAGGUGAUUUGGCUGGAUGGCCAAGGACAGAUCCAGACAGAGCUAUUGACCACAAAGGUGACAAAGACACCUGCAGGCCUAUACAGUGUCGUAACUUCCAUGAACCUGGAAUCGGGCUCUGACAUGGAAAUCUCCUGCAGGAUUGUCAACAGUCUGCUAAACACAACGAGUGAGUCUCGAGUCCUGAUCUCAGGUCGACUGAAAGCAGAGCUAGAUUUCUGGGAAGCCCGGAGUCAUGCAGCUGCCCUAACUGUGAAUCCUGACUGCCGAGUCCUGGAACUCCAGGUGCCAGGGGUUUCAGAUGUGAAGAGCAAUGUGUCUGAACCUACAAACGCUUCCUCCACAGUCCCUGUCCUGGUGGGGAAGGAAGGGUUUUCAGCUGGGAAACACUACUGGGAGGUGGAGGUGGGCCAGCAGCAGGACUGGGUGCUAGGGGUGAUGAGAGAGAAAGAGAAACAGGAAGAGGAAGGGAUCCUUCCUGGGGAGGACUACUGGGCUCUGCACAGGUCCCAGGGAGAGAUUUUCUCUAGUGAAGGGCAUCGCAGGAUUGAGAAGCAGCAGAGUUAUUCAGUGAUUGGUGUGCUUCUGGAUUUGGAGGAAGGGCAAGUGAGCUUUUAUGAAGCAGAGCAGAGGGCCAUGUUG